AAAGACUCUCAUCAGAUCAGACUGCGAAUCUUUGGACUUGAGAUCUCAGAAUACCGCAAUGGAUUCCCUUGCCGCACCCACAGCCCCUGGACAUUCCUUGCCCAAGGAACGACGCUUCCGAUCCACCACCAGCAGUAGCAGCAGCAGCAGGAGGAUACCCUCACCGUCCCAUGGUCGUGGUUACGAAGUCUUCCUGAGCUUCCGUGGACCUGAUACCCGUAAAGUGUUCGCUGAUUUCCUCUACCUUAGCCUGAAAGAUGCUGGGGUCGAUGCUUUCAGGGACAGUGAUGAGCUCCACGUUGGAGAAGAUAUCGGUCCCGAGCUUCUCGACCGGAUCGAGCGGUCCAAGAUCUCUAUCCCCAUCUUCUCCGAGAAUUAUGCCUCCAGUAAAUGGUGCCUCCGGGAGAUUGCUUGGAUCACCAUCUGUCCAAGCUAUUCGUCUAGACAUCUCUCCAUUAGAGCUUGAAGAUAGACAAUUUACGGACCAAAACUUUAGAAACAUGUCCGGCUUGAGGUUCCUUCAAAUAGAUUAUGCUGAUCUUGAUGGGAAUUUCCGGAGCCUGCUUACAAAGUUGAGAUACCUUCGUUGGCGACAUUCCAAGUUAGUGUGUAAGCCAGCCAACUUUGGUCUGACAAGCCUGGUUGUUCUUGAUCUAUCAGACAGCAAGGUCACACAUAAUUGGGAAGGCUGGAGGUCAAUGCAGAUUGGGUCGAAGCUUAAAGUUCUUAUUCUACAUCAUUGUCAAUGUUUAGCUAGAACUCCAGACUUCUCAUCAUUUCCAAACUUAGAGGUCUUGAUCCUUAAAGAAUCUUGGGGAUUGCAAGUGAUUAACCCAUCAAUAGGGUGUCUAACAUCCCUACUUUCCCUAGAUAUGGAUUUUUGUUACUCCAUUGAGAAGCUGCCACCUCAGAUAUGUUUUCUGAAAUCGUUGGAAGUAUUUUCAGCAAGAAACUGCUACCGCCUGCGAAAACUUGAAGGAAUCGAGAAAUUAGAAGCACUAAAGGAGUUGAAUCUUCGAGGAUGUGAGGGCAUUGAAAAGCUGCCUAAUUUAUCGUGCUUAAGGGUGUUGAGGAAACUGGAUGUGUCUGGUUGUCACAAGCUUGAAAGGCUUGAAGGGCUUGAAGGGUUAGUAGCACUGGAAGAGUUGUUUGUUCAAGGAUGUGAGCUUAUUGAAAAGCUUCCUAAUUUAUCGAACUUAAGAGCGUUGAGGAAAUUGGACGUGUCUCAUUGUGAUGAGCUUGAAGGGCUUGAAGGACUUGAUGAGUUAGUAGCACUGGAAGAGUUGUCUAUUGAAGGAUGUAACGAAACUCUAAAGCUGCCUAAUCUGUCAAACUUAAAAGCUUUGAUACAUAUGACAAUGGGAGAAUGUGGAAUAUUAGAGGAACCUGAAGAAGUUUGUGGCCAUCGCUUCAAAGUUGAUUUGGCAUAUUUCUUCAUGGAAAAGGAGACAGCGAUGUCCGGGUUCAAUGUAAGACGUGAAAAGCUACGAGAACUUGCAGGACUUGAUGAGUUGCUAGCACUGCAAGUGUUGUCUAUUAAACAAUGUACCGAAAUUGAAAAGCUGCCUAAUCUAUCAAACUUGAAAGCUUUAAGACAGAUGCAUGUGGAAAAAUGUGGAAAGUUACGAGAACUUGAAGGACUUCAUGGGUUGGUGGCACUGGAGAAAUUAUUUGUUCAAGGAUGUGGAGAGCUACGAGAACUUGUAGGACUUGAUGAGCUUGUAGCAUUGAGAGUGUUGUCCACUCAAGGAUGUACAGAAAUUGAAAAACUGCCUAAUCUGUCAAAAUUAAAAGCUUUGAGAGAGAUGCAUGCAGAUGGAUGUAAAAAGUUACGAGAAUUUGAAGGACUUGAUGAGUUGGUAGCACUGCAAGUGUGGUCUAUUAAAAGAUGUACAGGAAUCGAAAGGCUUCCUAAUCUGUUAAAGUUCAAAGAAUUGAGAAAGUUGCGCGUCAAUGGCUGCAAAAACCUGCAAGGAUUUGAAGGGCCCAAUGGGUUGGUAGCAUUGGAUGUAUUGUAUAUUGAUGGAUGUAAGGAAAUUGAAAAAUUGAAUCUGUCGAACUUGAAAUUGUUGAGAGAGUUCUCCGCCAUUGGCUGCAAGAAACUACGAGAGCUCAGAGGACUCGAAGAAUUGAAAGCACUUACUGUGCUAGUGAUCACGGAAAGCGUAGGAAUCGAACAACUCCCUAAUCUGUCAAGACUAAAGCACUUAAGAUAUCUGAGAGUCUGUUCUUGUCCUAAUCUAGUAGAAAUUCAUGCACUUGACGAGUUGGAAGGCUUGAAGUUGUUGGAGAUCUCAGGAUGUGAAGCUAUCCAGAAGUUACCAAAUCUACAGAGCUUAAAAAGCUUGGAGAACUUGGUGCUUGAAGGCUGCAAUGAGCUACAAGAACUUGAAGGAGUUGAUGAGUUAAAUAAUUUGGUGGAACUAAACAUGGCAGGAUGCAGAGAAAUUAAAAAGCUGCCGACUCUAUCAAGACUAGACAAAUUGGAGGAGCUAGAUUGUGAGGGUUGUGAAAAUUUGCCAAAGGCUUGGAGGGUGGAGGCAGUGGAACGUAUGAAAAGAAACGGCUGGGAAUCAUUCUCGGAGGCAAUUCUUCUGAACGGCUGGGAAUCAUUCUCGGAGGUAAUUCUUCUGAACGGCAACGAAUUAUUAUCGGACGAAUCCCUCUCGGAGGAAGUUCUGGAUGGCAACGAAUCAUUAUCGGACGAAUCACUCUCGGAGGAAGUUCUGGACGGCAACGAAUCGGAGGAAUCUAUCAUCUGUAACAAUCAGAUUCUUGUCUUCUUCGGCCAUCUAAUCCUUUUUUCACGUGAUAUUAGAAAAUAUGAUAACCCAACCGCUAUCUGUUUUGAUUUAGUGCAAGGAAUUUCUCACAUCUUACAUUUUGUGGCAGAAACUACAUCACUCAAGCAUCAGCGGAGCAAAGUUUCUUUUUGGUAAGAUAAUUGGCUUGGCAUUGGUCCCCUCAUUGAAUUCUGCGAGGAGUAGUAGCUUCCCAUCCAUUUAUCCCAAGGAGAGGUGUAAGUUGUGCAAUCGGAUAUGGUACAUUGUGUCCGCUGGGAACUUCAAAUCUGCAGGCUAUUUGGUAUUAUUGUUAAAGCUUCCUAAGGCUGUUCUCGGAAGUAGAACGGGUCUGUUACUUCAAAUUGUGACAUAAAAUGAUUUCGUUGGCAUAUUCUUCGGCGAUCUUAAGUUGAUUAUCUUCUCAGAUCAGGGCUCGGCUGUCCAAAUGACGGAUUUUAAAUAACUCUUACUUGUGAGGGUAUUUUCUGUCGGAGUGAAGAGGAGAAUCAAGCUCCUGUUUUUCAUGUCCUAUUACUAAAUCGAUAUG